AAUAAAAAAAUGGAGAGAAAGAGUAAUAAAGUUUCCUCUAGAGAAAAGUUGAACAUGACAAAGAACGACUUAGUGAAUGACAAUUAUGAUCAUGAGCUUAUGGGCGGCAGCUACGGCGGCGAUGGCGAAGAUGGUGGUGGUUCUUCCAAUGGGGAUGUAAAGAAGAAGAAGGGGUGUCAGAAUAGUGGUGGUUUGAACAGUGUCACAAGAUGUUGUCAAGCUGAAAAAUGUACAAGUGAUUUAGCUGAAGCCAAACAAUAUCAUCGAAGGCAUAGAGUAUGUGAGUUUCAUGCAAAGGCUCAUGCUGCUAUUAUUGCUGGAAUCCACCAAAGAUUCUGUCAACAAUGUAGCCGGUUUCAUGAGCUUUCGGAAUUCGAUGAAGCCAAAAGAAGUUGUAGGAGGCGUUUAGCAGGGCACAAUGAAAGGCGAAGGAAGAACUCAAUGGAGUUCAAAGGCACUGGGAAGGAACUUGUUUGUGUGCAAAGUGAUGAUAGGAGGUUUCAAAUGGUUAUACAAGAAAACCAGACUUAUAAUAAUAAUAAACAUUUGCAAACAAGAUGAAAAACCAAAAUAAAUCAAGGCACGAAGUAUGCUCUCUCUCUUCUGUCACUACUUAUAAUUGUACUAAUUCAACAACAGUGUGUGGUGUGUGUGCACCACACACACUAUUGUCGAAUGCUAAAAAAAGUUGCUUAUAACCCCAUGAGUUUGAAUCUCAAAAAAUGUCAGUUUCUCUAGUAUUAUUAUUAUUAUGUAUAACAAUUGGUGUAGUUUUAAAUAAAAUUGUGUCGAACUAA